GACGGCAGAAAACGAAGGUGAUUGAUUGGCAUUUGGGAUUCAGAACGGGAGAAAACGACGGCGUUAGCAUCUAAGGGCUGGGGGCUGGGCAACAUUAAACGCAAAACCUAACGGCGUGAAAAAGGCCCCGUCAUCUGUGAUCUCGGAUUCCAUUCGCGUAAAUAAAUAAAUAGCAUUUGCUAUUUUACAUUGUUGUCUUUCAUUUCUUCCUCUCGUUCCUCGUUCCUGGGCAGCCUCUCAAUUCCUUCAGUUCCUCAACAUCUAAGAAAAAAAAGAUGGGGCUGUCUUUUGCUAAGUUGUUCAGUCGGCUGUUCGCCAAGAAAGAGAUGCGAAUUCUUAUGGUGGGUCUUGAUGCUGCUGGUAAGACUACCAUCUUAUACAAGCUCAAGCUCGGAGAGAUUGUCACCACCAUUCCCACUAUUGGGUUUAAUGUGGAGACCGUGGAAUAUAAGAACAUUAGCUUCACUGUUUGGGAUGUUGGUGGUCAGGACAAGAUUCGACCUUUGUGGAGACACUACUUCCAAAAUACACAAGGGCUGAUCUUUGUUGUUGAUAGUAAUGAUCGUGACCGUGUGGUUGAGGCUAGGGAUGAACUUCAUCGUAUGCUAAAUGAGGAUGAGCUGAGGGAUGCUGUGCUGCUUGUAUUUGCAAACAAGCAAGAUCUGCCAAAUGCUAUGAAUGCUGCUGAGAUAACUGAUAAGCUUGGUCUUCACUCCCUCCGUCAGCGCCACUGGUAUAUCCAAAGUACAUGUGCCACAUCUGGUGAAGGGUUGUACGAGGGACUGGACUGGCUCUCCAACAACAUAGCUAACAAGGCUUGAGGGAUGGUCAAGUUUGGGUGACAUCUUGGAGCAGCAAUCGAUAAUGUCGAAUUGGAAUGUUUUUAUAUGCUAUUUUGUGUUGAUGGGUUUUGGUUUUUCUUGCCUUGUAAACUUGCAAGAAUGUAUCAGAUUGUGGUUAGGAUUUUUACUGUACUAGAAAUGGGCAUUUUGCCUUGUAGAUUGAUUUCAAAUAAUCUUUGUCCAGAGUUAACAUAUUCAUUGUUAUCAGGUUAUUGUUACAUAUCAUGAUUUUUAUUUGUUCUC